AUGUUCAAAAAGAACAAAUUCAUUUUAUACAAAUGUACAUCACUCAUUAAACAACAACCUCCGAAUGAGAUUCUUCAACAAAAGAAAUACAUAUAAAAACAAUAUCUGAAACAUCCAAAGCCGUUCAAAAUCUUUCCUGGCAAUUUAGAGGAUCUAUAUUUUAAAUUUCACUGUUAUGGGUCUUCUAUGACAUUUGAUGAUAAGAUGGAUAUUCUUCAAAGCAUGGUUAAUUAGAAUAGAGAGUUCAAAUAUCUUUCCUUCUACGGUGUACAAUCAUUAAUUAGCUCAUUAACAAAAGAGCUUAAGAGUUUAAACUACACGGAUACCGAUGAAUACAACAUUUCGUAGUUCAUUAACAUCCUCCAUCAGAUUAAGUAUUAUGACUAAUAAUCUUGGAUUGCAGCCAUGGACAAUUACCACAAAUAAGGUGUGCUCAAUUGGUAUCAAUACACUGAGUUUACCCAUGCCGUGUAUGAUUUUUCUGGCUUCUUACAUGAAAUAUGGCAUUUGAACAUCGUAAAGGACAUUUCACAAGAAGCUUUUUGUGAUUUCAUUGGUUUUGUAGAGAAUAAACGAAAUCUUGAUCUGUGCGAGAAAGAAUUGAAUCGAACCUAUCAACAUCUAAGAAAGUUUAAAGUAUUUGCCACCAAAAAUCAAAUGCUUGUUAUUAUGCAAUAUUUUAUGCACGCUCUCAAGUAACCUCCUGUAUCUUUGGAAACAUACCAAUUCAUCUUCUUCUUUUGCAUGGAUCACCUCACGAUACAAGAAUUAGAUUAGGCCAAUCGAGCUUUAUUUCUUAAAUUGGUAUAAGAAUUUCAUAAGGAACUCAACCAAUUCUAAGAUAUUAACAAACUAAUCUCCAGCUUUGAUGAUUAUAUUUUAUUGAUCAACAUGAUGUUGAAAUACCAUGAUGAGAUCGAUGAGCCAUUCAGAGAUUAGUUUGCUAACAGAAUUCUCAAUCUCUACUUGAAGGGAGAACUGGAAAAUGUAUCGUAUGAUUCCCUUAAAAAUUUGAACAUUUUGUCUGAGAAGAUACAGAAUUAAAAGUGUUUCAAACUAGGCCAUGAAAUCAUUGUAAUGAUUAAUGAAUUGUCUUUGGUUAAUCUCAAAAAUAUCAAGCAAAAGAAGUAAGAUCUACUAAGCAUAUAACAAAUAUUUGAAAAAUUAGAGGAAAAAGAUCAAAUCCUAUCAGUUCUAGCCAAAUCUAAUCUUAAUUUAGAAGAUGUGAAUUUUAAUCACGAAGACUUGAUUGUAUUCCUCAAACAACUAGAUCAAAGCGAUUUGGUCUAUUAUUUGACAGAGUUUUUGGAAUCGACACUAACCUAUGUGGCUAAGAAUAUCAACGAUUUCCAACCAGAUGAUUGGUGUUUCACCUUCUAUCUGCUUUAUAAAUAUGUUAUUAAGGAUCAUGAAGAAGCUAGCAAAUUUGACAGUGAUCUAAAUAUCCUCAAGCAAUACAUCAAGUUGAGAUACAUGACAAGUUACAGGCAAACUAUUCCCACAAAUAGUUCAUAUUACAAAAUAUUGUCAGUAGUAGAAAUAGAAGUAUUCUUUGCUGACGAUUUACUCAAUUUAUAUUGA